AUGACCAUCAACGCCGAAAAACAGCUGGUGUUCAUCCGGCGCAUCUUGUAUACCCAUGAAUUGGCAGUCCGUCGAGGUGGGAAGUCAUCAACCCUGAAAGUCAAUCUGACUGAUUGGCACAAUGAGCUCGAUCGCAUGUCCGUCCUGGCGCACAUUCUCAACAAGAUGUUUGAGGCAAGGGACGAGGACGGUGAAGUCUUAUUCCCCAUGGCGAUGAUGCACACAGUUGCGGAACGGGCUAUUGAAGGGGAUUAUCACGAUGAAGCGGAUUCCUUGCUUGGCUGCAUGGAUCCAUUGUUCAAGGUGGAAGCCACAGCGAUCUACAAUGAGUUUUUGCCUGACCGUCCAAGCAAGAACAUCGCCCAAGUUGAAUCCGCAGACACGAAGCUGGACUCUCUUGCACUUGAUGCAAAACGAGCUCAGUACGAAUCUGACCAGCUCUCCCUCGCAAGGGACAUUGCACAAAUCGGCAAUUUGAUCCGUGCGCUUUCCAAAUCAGACCAUGCACGGAGAACAGAAAGGAUUCUUCACAUCCGGAACCAGAAUGUGAUCGGCGCCAGCCUAGUAUCCACCUGGAUGGCAUCGAGCUGCUCAGUGAUGUCUGGCUCUGUGAAAGAUCAAGCUGCAGCCAUUGAAAGGGCGCUUGCGCAGAACCCUUCCGCCACAGUGCUGGUUUGGUGCGAUUUCAUGAAGAUGGGCAGAUUGUCAAAGACUGACAUCCAAGACACAACGGAAUUGAUUCAGCUCGCUUUGAAGAAGCGACCUACAUCAUCAGUUGCGUUUGUGAUCAGCCCUUUUUUGACGUCCGAGAAGGUAACGUCAGGUCAUCGUGGGGAGAGCCUGUCUGAUGUUCAAGAAGCAGCGCAAAUCCUUGGAGGAGAGCAAUUUCCACGGGUGCUGAUUUCGACUCUGUUGGACAAGUCUGACAUCAAGAAUGACGAGACCCUGCUAUGCAUCAAUCUGACUCCGUACGACGCAUGGUUGGAGAAGACACUCUCCAAAUGGAGCACCUAUGGCCUCACUCACAAGUUCAAGUCAGUCAGUCUUACAAAGCCUUACGAGGCCACCCCACCUACGCCUUCAUGUGAUGUGAGCUGUGACCCGACCAAAUUCCCACUCAAGCUGGUCCAAGUGGACUACGAGUACGACACAGCGAUGAACACUUGGAAGAACCUACGCUUCAGACUGUUCGGGAACCAGACCAUGGACGACGCAGAGCAUAUGAAAGCCUUGGUCGUUGGGGAGUCCGAAGAACCCGAGACCCCGAUUGCCCCGAUGGAGCCUUGGAAGGGAGAGCCUGCAACCAUCGAUGCUUUGCUCGACACCCAUAUUUUGGAAAACAAAGUCGCCG